AUGCCGUCCUACGACCACUUCCAGCCCCCGCCGCCAAUCCGCACCGCAACCAGUGGCUCGCAAAAGUCACACUCCUCCGACACUGCAUCCCCAGACAUGCACUCCCCCACAUCGAUGUACUCGCGCUCGCCGACCAGCCCCGGCGAAGACUCAUUCUUCAGUGCCAUCAGUGCGAAGAUCCGCAGCCGCUCGCGCAGCCGGUCCCGCGCAGCGUCCCCAGAGCACUCCACCUUCCAACGAACCCCCACCGCACAUCCAACAAGCCCAACAUACGCCACGCAGCACCCCAAGCAGCCCCGACACGUCUCGUCUGCCAGUCAGGGUUCCAUCGGGUCGUCGGCCGCGAAGGCACAACGACCAACCAUGCCGAUGCCGUCACGACGCAGCACGAGCAAUAGCGACCUGUGGCGCGGGCGACACUCCAAUUCGUGGCUUUUCAACGACUUCUCGUUCACCGAGACGGCGAGCAAGGCGUUCAAGCGCAGCUCGUGA